AUGUCCUUUCGCGAAAAUCUCCAAGGAGGUUACCUCUGUGGGCUUGUGCUUGAAACCAUACUCCUCGGUGUAAUCACCGUUCAGGUCUUCCUCUAUUACCAUAGGUUCCCUAAGGACCAUAUCUGUUUGAAAUCUACCGUCGGAUUUUUAUGGCUCGUCCAGAUGUUUCAAGUGACAGCUGCCACAGCUUCGUUGUACAGAGCAUUCAUUCACAAUUUCGAUACUUUGCCCUCAUCUACUAUAUGGUAUGAUACCUUUUACCAGAUUUCUACGGUCAUUUGUUCCACCAUCGUCCAACUUUACUUCGUCCUUCGUCUCUAUCGAUUUGGUGGAUCAAUCUGGCUACCAAUGCUGGUAGCCCUCUUGACGCUGGGGCAAGUUGGGACCGGACUUGCGAUUUGGAUUAAAGCAAAUAUCAGCCACGGUCUCGAAAGCUUCAUCCGACCUAUACGCUACACCGAGAUACCUUGGCUAACGCUGGAGGCGGUGGCAGAUCUCGUGAUUGCCUUCUCUAUGUCAUAUUUCCUCCAGAAGCGCCGCACAGGAUUUCGACAGACGGAUACCGUGUUACGAACAUUGACAGUAUAUGCCAUCAACACUGGCCUGCUGACCAGUAUUUUGGCACUGGCCGUCAUGUUUGCUUUUGUCUUCUACGGCUUCCACUUCAUCCACUUGACCUUCAUCGUGCCACUCGCAGGUGUCUAUACAGCGUCCCUUUUGGCAAAUCUGCAUUCGCGCUCAACACUCCGUGGACAACUUCAUUCCGGAGAAAACGGGAUUUCAAUACACUUGUCCCGCCUUCCUCCCAAGAUACGCAACCAGAUAAGUGCCACCGUUUAG